AUGGGGCUAUUCGAAAUGAAAAUUCUGAUCGCAACUCUGGUGAGGAGAUUUCAUAUUAGUAUCGACGAUACGAUGAGAGAUGACGCGAUGGAUAUCACAGAUCAUUUUCUCCUUAUCCCCAAAGGCGAUAAAUGUCUGCUCCGCUUUACCCCGAUAAAAAUAACGGCCCAUGGGCGAUUCGAGGAAGAUAGAGAUGCGGAUGGUGAAGACGUAGAGGGGGGAUUGGGAAUAUCUUUUCAGCGAACCUAA